AUGGUGCUCUUCAGUGUUUCACACAUUCAAACUACUCCCUUCGAUGGACAGAAGCCUGGAACCUCUGGUCUCCGCAAGAAGGUGAAAGUAUUUGUGCAACCUCAUUACCUUGAAAACUUUGUUCAGGCAUCAUUCAAUGCAUUAACUGAAGAAAAAGUUAGAGGUGCAACACUAGUUGUAUCUGGUGAUGGUCGUUAUUAUUCAGAGCAAGCAAUUCAGAUUAUAACAAAAAUGGCAGCAGCAAAUGGAGUAAGACGUAUUUGGAUUGGUCAAAAUGGGUUGCUUUCAACUCCUGCAGUAUCUGCUGUUAUACGUGAAAGAGUUGGAGUUGAUGGAUCCAAGGCAACAGGAGCAUUUAUACUGACAGCAAGUCACAACCCUGGAGGUCCUCAUGAGGACUUUGGGAUUAAAUAUAACAUGGAAAAUGGUGGACCUGCACCCGAGGGAAUUACUAACAAAAUAUAUGAGAACACAACAACAAUCAAGGAGUACUUGAUUGCUCCAGAUCUGCCAAAUGUGGAUAUCAACACAGUAGGUGUCGCAAACUUUACAGGGCCUGAAGGACCAUUUGAUGUUGAGGUUUUUGAUUCAGCAAGCGAUUAUAUAAAGCUGAUGAAGUCAAUUUUUGACUUUGAAUCUAUCAGGAAACUGCUGACAUCUCCUAAAUUCAGUUUCUGUUAUGAUGCAUUACAUGGAGUUGCUGGAGCUUAUGCAAAACGUAUUUUUGUGGAUGAGCUUGGGGCACAAGAAAACUCUCUGAUAAACUGUGUACCAAAGGAAGACUUUGGAGGGGGACACCCAGACCCUAAUUUGACAUAUGCAAAAGAGUUGGUUGCUCGAAUGGGAUUGGGAAAAUCAGAACCACAAGGUGAGGUCCCAGAGUUUGGUGCUGCUGCUGAUGGUGAUGCAGAUCGCAACAUGGUUCUUGGUAAAAGGUUUUUUGUCACUCCUUCGGAUUCUGUGGCCAUUAUUGCUGCAAAUGCUGUCGAAGCAAUUCCAUAUUUUUCUGCUGGCUUAAAGGGAGUUGCCAGGAGCAUGCCAACCUCUGCUGCCCUGGAUGUUGUAGCCAAACAUCUGAACUUGAAAUUUUUUGAGGUUCCCACGGGUUGGAAAUUCUUUGGUAAUUUAAUGGAUGCUGGAUUGUGCUCAGUUUGCGGUGAAGAAAGUUUUGGGACUGGUUCGGACCACAUUCGUGAGAAGGAUGGAAUCUGGGCAGUUUUGGCCUGGCUAUCCAUACUUGCAUAUAAGAACAAAGAUAAUCUUGAAAACAAGCUUGUAACAGUUGAAGACAUUGUUCGCCAGCACUGGGCUACUUAUGGACGCCACUAUUAUACUCGAUAUGACUACGAAAAUGUGGAUGCAGGUGCAGCUAAGGAACUGAUGGCACAUUUGGUCAAACUGCAGUCCUCACUCCCAGAAGUCAAUGAGAUUAUUAAGGGGGCAAGUUCAGAUGUUUCAAAGGUUGUUCACGGUGAUGAGUUUGAAUACAAUGAUCCUGUGGAUGGUUCCAUUUCAUCACAUCAGGGCAUCCGAUAUUUGUUUGAGGAUGGAUCCCGAUUGAUCUUCCGUCUCUCUGGAACUGGAUCAGAAGGUGCAACUAUUCGACUAUACAUUGAGCAAUAUGAGAAGGAUCCAUCAAAGAUUGGGAGACUUUCACAUGAAGCACUUGCACCUCUUGUGGAGGCUGCAUUGAAACUUUCAAAGAUGGAGGAGUUCACCGGCCGAUCGGCCCCCACAGUCAUCACAUAA